CUUUGUUUGUUGUUACCUGGCUGUGAACAAAAACGACGAGAGUGUGAGAGAAGACGAUAAUAAUAAUAAGUAGAAGUAGAAAAGUAGUGAAAUGGAGGGGGGUGGCCGAGAAGAGGGAAGAAAGAAGAUAAGAGGUCGUCCGCGAGAUGUCUUCUUCUCUCCAGCUCUCUUCAUCCACUCUCCUGCCUCUUCGUCCCCAGUCUUCCGACCUUCAUGAACCCGAUCUAAGGGCAACUACAUCGCUCCGCUCCCGGCUCAGCAAGCUAUGCCGCGAAGGCCGCCUCGACGCCGCCCGCCGCGUCUUCGACGCCAUCCCCCGACCGGCCCCGACGCUCCUCUGGAACACCCUCCUUAUCGGCUAUGUCUGCAACUCCAUGCCCCUACAUGCUCUGCGCCUCUACUCUCUCAUGAAUCACAUACCCUACUCCUCCCCCUCCGACCACUACACCUACUCCUCCGCUCUCAAGGCAUGCGCUGAUGCUCACCAACUUCAUCUCGGCAAGUCAAUCCAUUGCCAAAUCCUCCGCCGCUCUCCGGCGCCGCCCAAAAACCGUGUCCUUAACAACUCUCUGCUCAACAUGUAUGCUUCGGCAAUGCCAAGAUCCCCAGUAGAUAUUGUCCGGACGGUGUUUGAUAGAAUGCCCAAGAGGAACGUGAUUUCCUGGAACACUUUGAUUGCUUGGUCUAUCCGUUCUGGGCGCCCGGCCGACGCGUUGGAGCAGUUUCGGAGCAUGAUGAGCAUGGGGAUAGUGCCAACUGUGGUUAGUUUUGUUAAUGUUUUUCCAGCUGCUGCUGUUUUAGCUGAUAAGAAUUGUUUCAAUGCGCUCUAUGGGUUGCUUGUUAAAUAUGGAAGCGAGUAUGUGAAUGAUUUGUUUGUGGUUAGUUCUGCUAUUCUUAUGUUCUCAGAGCUCUCCGACAUUCUAUCUGCGAGGCGGGUUUUUGAUUCUUCUGUGAGAAAAAAUGUGGAGGUUUGGAAUUCCAUGAUUGGAGCUUAUGUUCAGAAUGAUCGGUUUGAGGAUGCAGUAGAACUUUUCACCCAAGUUCUGGAAUUGGGAACCAUUGAGGCUGAUGCUGUGAGUUGUGUGACCACCUUGAUGGCAAUUUCUCAAUUGCAAAAUGUCAUUAUGGGACAGCAGUUGCAUGCUCAUUUGAUUAAAAAGUACUCGUCCAAGUUGCCUUUGAUUCUUUACAAUGCACUAAUAGUUAUGUACUCGAGGUGUGGUUGUGUUCAUCUCGCGUUCGAACUUUUCCAUCAGAUGCUAGAGAGGGAUGUUGUCUCUUGGAAUACCAUGAUCUCUGCCUUUGUUCAGAAUGGUUUGGACUUUGAGGGUCUAUUGCUGGUGUAUGAAAUGCAGAAAGAGGGAUGUUCAGUAGAUUCUGUGACAAUCACAGCUUUGCUCUCUGCGGCAUCUAAUUUGGGCAAUUCUAGAAUUGGGAGGGAGACGCAUGCAUACCUCACAAGGCAUGGCAUUCAUUGUGCGGGGAUGGAAAGUUAUUUGAUAGAUAUGUACGCAAAGUCAGGUUCUGUGGAGAUUGCCAGGCGACUGUUUGAUGGCUGCCAACUUGAUGAGCGAGAUCAAGUUAUUUGGAAUGCCAUGAUAACGGGGUAUGCGCAUAGUGAGCAGAAAGAAGAGGCCAUGUUGGUGUUCCGUAUGAUGCUUGGGGAAGACCAAACACCUAAUUCAGUGACUUUGUCAUCAGUCCUUCCUGCUUGUAGCCUACUUGGAGACAUUCAAGCAGGCAGACAGAUACAUGGCUUUGCGGUUCGGCGAUACCUAGAUACUAAUGUUUUUGUUGGUAGUGCUCUAGUGGACAUGUACUCAAAAUGUGGUGCCAUUAACUUUGCGGAAAGAGUAUUCCAUAAUAUGGCUGAAAAGAACACGGUCACAUAUACAACAAUGCUAUUGGGCUUGGGUCAGCAUGGCCUUGGCAAGAGAGCUUUGGAUCUGUUUCAGUCAAUGAAGGAUUCAGGCGUGAAACCUGAUGGCAUCACCUUUGUUGCUGUGAUUUCAGCAUGCAGCUACUCUGGUUUAGUUGAUGAGGGUCUUUUGAUAUUUGAAUCUAUGGAGGAGUUUGGGAUUGAAGCCACAGCAGAACACAGUUGUUGUGUGGUGGAUUUGUUGGGUAGGGCUGGGAGGGUGGAGCAAGCUUAUGAAUUUGUCCAGAGUUUGGGUGAUAGUGGUGAUGUUGUUGGAAUUUGGGGAUCACUGCUUGCUGCAUGCAAAGUUCAUGGGAAGUUUGAGUUGGGGAAGCUGGUUGCUGAGAGACUGUUUCAGAUCAAACAAAACAGUGAUGUUGUUGCUGGUUACCAUGUCUUGCUGUCGAAUGUAUAUGCUGCAGAAGGGAAGUGGCAGACUGUUAAUAAGGUCCGGAAAGAGAUGAGAGAUAGAGGAUUGAGGAAGGAGCCUGGGUCAAGCUGGAUUGAAGUUGGAGACUCCUCCCACAGGUUCAUGUCAAGGGAUCAAAGGCACCCGGAAAAUGAACAAAUAUCUUCACUUCUGCAAGGAUUGAUUUCAGAGAUGAAGCUGUCUGGCUAUGAUAACAUGCCUGUUGAUGAUCUUUGCCUUCCUGGUCUAAUAGACGCUGAGUAAGAUGAGGUUUUAAAGUAAGUGACAUUUUGUCAGACAGAUUAAAUUGAACGGUUUUGCUCUGGCUCAACUGAUGAUCUGGUUUUGGUCACUCAUGAAUCUUCUGACUGUAGCACCAGUUGAGUUGGAACUUUUGACUCGUGUUGUCAAUCAGACUUGUGACCUUAAUGGAAUCCACACAGAUGUUCUUGCCCCUGCGAAGGAAUGAAGUUACAUGCUACGCUGUGCAUUCUUGAUGCCUAUUCGAAAUUCCAGUGUCAUUCUCCUGCUGCUGUUAUUGAAAGUCUAUUUUAAGUAUUCUAUGCAAAAGAUCGGUGCAUCCAUCAAUGGUUCAAGAAAAUAGAAAACUGAUCCUGAAGCAGGCGAGGUAUCAACCAUUGGGGGAAAAAUCCCAGGGAUUAUUUGUAUUCAGUUUGCGGAUGAUGGUUGUUCGUGUCCUUUACGAAAGAAAAAUGCUGUAAAUAUGAGGGCCAAUUAUUAUAUAUAUAAAUCGAUUAAAGCUGCAAAUCCUCCUACAGAUCCUGAAGCAGACGAGGUAUCAACCUUGUAUUAUGCCUGGUCUCUUAACACGAAUUGCUCGCACCUAAUCUUGGGCAUACUUUCGUUAGACUUCUCGUCCAGUUCAAAAUCUUUUCUUUAUUUAUA